CGACGACUUAUUCGUUUUCUAUAACUUCAUUCUGUUCCCCCUUUCAAUUACGUUUCUCGCCACCAAUCUCAUAUACCUCAAAACGAGCUACAAAUAUUCACCCAGAAUGCCUACUGAUCUUCCAUACGCUGCCGAAGCCGAAUCUUCCCUUUCCCCGGACGAGCUUGAAGUUCUCAGGCGACAAUAUUACAGGGAAAUUGAGCAAGGACAUGUUACCAUCCAAAGCAAGUUCAACUAUGGUUGGGGCCUCAUAAAAUCUCCUAGUCCUGAACUUGAAACCGAAGGUGUAAAACUUUUACAAGAAAUCUAUUCUGCUUCUCCUGAUCAUCGUCGUGAAUGUACAUACUAUAUUGCCGUUGGCUACUAUAAGCUUCGCAACUACGCCUAUGCUCGCAAAUUCAACAAUCUCUUACUAUCAGUUGAGCCCGGAAAUAUGCAAGCGCAGAGCUUGAGUACGUUGAUCGAGAAUGCUGUGAAAAGGGAUGGGCUCGUCGGUAUCGGAAUGAUUACGGGCGCUGUGGCGGUUGUUGGAUUGAUCGCGGGGUCUGUCUGGAAGCGCUCCAGAAGGUAGACCAUAACCACUAGGAUCUUCAGUAUCAAAAUGUGUAUGAUUACAACGUCUCAGCAGACAAGCUGAGCAAUGCAUUUGUAUAUCACUAGGGCAGUGAUUCAUUGUCUUAGCAACUGGAUUGGUCAAGCGAUUAGUGGGGCAGACGUCCCAUAGGAGUGUCAUUGCCCAUCAUGUCGCUGGGUUGUGCGAAACUGGGGGAUGAUGCAUAUCUUG